AAAGUAGAAUGUUGCGUAUUGCAACACUGUUAGCAUCAACCAAUCAACGGCUGUAUUUAAGGUUUGAAUUUCAUGACGUAAACGAAAAACCAGUAUGAUACAAACCAAACAGUUUAGAAUCACAAAAGUCAAUUAUGCAUUUUGAUGAAUAUAUUUUCAAAGUUAAGUGUUACUGAUAAUAUUUAAUGAAAUGUGUCUCACAUUUUUAUUAAUGCAUUCAAAAACUGUUUGUUGAGUGUUACGGUUCAAGCAAUUUUUAUAAUUAUAGGUACGAUAAUGCUUUCAGGCCAACAAAGUGGAAAUAGUUCGAAAUGUUUUGUUUUAUUUAAUCCUCACGAUAUUUUGAUAAUUUUUAAAUAUAUCAAAGGCUCUGGAUGUCUAAUAGUUUUAAUAAAUUUUAAUGUUCUGAAAUCUGUCAGCAUAAUAGAUCCAUGUUGAAUAGUAUGGAUUAUCAAAAUCAUACCAUUUCACGACCAAAAUUUCAACCAAUACGUGUGAAAGAGUUAUUGCAUUUUGGUGAAAGUGAUGAUGAUGAAAGCGAAGAUAGACCACAAGACUCUGAUAAUGAAUCAGAUUCUGAUGAUCCUCAACCUCUACCACAGGAUGAUCAUAUUGAAGAUGAAUUGAAUAAGUCAUUAUGUUUAUUUAAUACAACAUGUAAUGAGUUAGAAGGAACUUGUAAGGUUUCAGAGAUAAUUGUUUCUUCAAAACCUGAAGAAUAUGUGUUAAUUAAUAAUAUAGAAUCUAAGCCUGAAAGUAAAUUAACAUUUCACAAACAUGAACAUGAUGUAAUUGAAAGAAGUGUAAAGUGUGAACAAUCAAACCAAAUGCAAUUAAAUAUUGAAACUCGUGCACAAGAAAAGCUUUCACAAACUGAACACAAAAAUAAAUAUAUUACUAAUAUAGAUAUUAAAGGAGAAUUAAAUCAGGACCAACUUUUAGACCAACAGAGUACUUCCAAAAUGAGCAGUAACAGGGGAUCUAUUACUUGUGCAUCUCAAUAUUUUGAAAGUAUAUCACAGUCUGGAGUGGAUAAUUUGCAGAAUACAAGUAGUAAGAAAGCAACAAUAGAAUCAAGUUCCAUAAUAAAUGAAGAAAAAGCUCAUAGUGAAAACGUUGCUUCCACAAGUAAAACAUUAAUAUCAGAUACAGGAACAUAUAUAAAUUCUAACGAUCAGUGGAUAUUACAAACUCCUUUAAAACAUGCAUCAAUUAAUUCUAUACGUCCAGACCCAUGUUUCUCUCGUAGAAAUAUUACACAAACACCACAAAACAAAGUAUCUGAUGUAUCUAAGAAUCAUGGGUUAACACCAGCUACAAUCUUAUCUCAUUGGUCUCUAAAUAACAUAAAACAAACUCCAUUACAGAAUAAAAGUGUUAAUUUUAAAGAUUCUAUGCAAACUCCAAAAAAUUCUUUUUAUUUUGCACCAAGCAUGGGAAAGCAUGAAACUCCAAGAUAUUUGGAUACAGAAGGUAAGGUAAGAAGACCUUUAUCAGAUACAGGAAGUUUGGUACAAAAUGAUGCUUUUAGUAGACAUUUAUUACAAGGAUCUCAACUUCCUAAAGUAAAUGAAGUAACACCUAAAAUUCAAGAAAAAUCGUUAUGUAAAAAUUUAUAUAAAACAGAUUUACCAAAACAAAUAUUUGAGACAUCAGAAAAUGUACAUCUAGAAUCAGAUGUUAAUGAAGAAUUAAAAGAAAAUAAACAUCCAAAUAAAAAUAAUACAUUGCUGGAUAAAGAAACAGUAAAUAAAAUACCGAAUAAUAAACAGGCUCCAUCUUCUAUUAAAGACAAUAAAGAUAUCUUGAAAUCAAUGUGCAAUUAUCCUCAGAAUCAGCAUUCAGAAGUCAAUAAUCAAAACCAACAACAAGACUUAAAUAAAAUUGUAGAUAAACCAUCAAAUGUACAAUUCUCAAUCCCAUCUAAUGUUCCUAAAUCUAGGCAAACUAGAACUCUUUUCGUUAAAGGAAAAGAGUAUUUAAUUUUGGGUAUACUUGGUCAAGGUAUGAGUGGAGAGGUUUUGAGAGUACAAGACUUAUCUUCUCUUGAGUUGUGCGCUAUUAAAUGCGUUAAUCUUAAUCGUAUGGACAAGGACUCUGCACAAGGUUGCUUAGAAGAAAUUUCAAUGUUACAUAAAUUACAAGCACCAUGUAUUGUUAAAAUGUUUGAUUAUGAAAUUAAGUAUCCUAUGGUCUAUGUAGUAAUGGAAAUGGGAGACACUGAUCUCAGUCGUCUUUUAAAAACUAUGUCACAAGAAAAACAGAUUCCUCUUACAAUGAUUUUAUAUUAUUGGACAGAAAUGUUGACAGCCGUUAAGCAUAUACAUGAUAAUGGAGUAAUUCAUUCAGAUUUGAAACCAGCAAAUUUUUUGUUAGUACGGGGACGAUUAAAACUUAUAGAUUUUGGAAUUGCUUCUAGUAUGAAUGCUGAUAUGACAUCUGUUGUGAAAAACUGUCCAAUUGGAACUUUGAAUUAUAUUAGCCCCGAAGCCCUAAUGGAUAUUGGUGGAAAUUCAGAUUCUCCCACACAGAAUGUUAAAUAUAAAAUAAGUUUUAAGUCAGAUGUGUGGUCUUUAGGAUGUAUUUUGUAUAGUUUAGUAUAUGGUCAUACUCCGUUUCAUCAUGUUCGUUCACAAUGGGCUAAAGUGAACGCAAUAACUAAUCCGAAGUUGAACAUUCCUUUUCCUACAACUUUGCAAUCAGAAGAUGGUAAUAAAGUUAUGUCGUCACCACCAAUUUUAAUUGAUGUAAUGCGUAAAUGUCUACAACAUGAUCCAAAAGCACGACCAACGGUAGCUGAGCUUUUGCAAGUGGAGUAUAUACCCACUAAAGAAGAACAUAUAUCAGCUACAGUUCCCGAGAUUCCAGCAAAUAUUUUAGUGAAGAUAAAGCAUACAUUAAGUGAAGAUGAAUGGCGACAAUUGACAUGGAUUUUGGAGAAUAGAAGAUUUAUAUGAAAGUAUUCAGAUUAAAUACUACUAUUUAUGUACAUAGAUAUUUUUAUACAUAAUAAUCGGUAAUAAUACGUGGAGCGCUUAUUUAAAUGUAUCAUAGCUAAGUAUGGGAUUAUUUC